GGCUUAGCUCUAAUCAUGUUUUCUUCUUUCAAAAUAAAAGCUCCCGACUCUCCGAUCGAUCACUACCCAGCCGAGCAUAGCAGAGAGCAGUCAGCCCGUCGUGUCUCUACCCGAGGCCGGAUGGUAAAAUCCAACCUCCAGCGGAUCCUAAACAGUCAUUGCUUUGCUCGCGAGAAAGAAGGAAAACAGCAGUAUUUUACUACCAUGGCGGACUUGAAUAAUGGUAUCUGUGACAUGAUUGGGAACCUGUCCCUGCACUGUAGUAGUACCCGCAGCCCGGGGCCUCUGUGGUGCUCCGAUGUCCCUCUCCCACCCCUGAAGAUCCCAGGUGGGCGAGGGAAUGGCACGCGGGAUCACACUCCUUCAGCUCGGCCGCUCUACUCAGACCGAAAGUUGACUGUAACGGAGGAGCCAGCAGGGAAUGGUCGCCCUAGGAUACUCCACUUCCAAAGUCGUCCCACCGUUACCAAGACAAUACAGUGGGAUGCUGUCCUAAGCAGCAGCGCACUCUACGUGGAGAUACCUCUUGACCCUCUUCCUGAAGGCAGCAAGGAGAGUUUUGCGGCUCUCUUGGAGUAUGCUGAAGAACAUCUGAAAGUCGUUAGCGUGUUUGUCUGCUUUUACAAGAACAGAGACGAUCGUGCUAAACUGGUGCGUACAUUCAGUUUCCUGGGCUUUGAGAUUGUGAAACCGGGCCAUGCCCUCGUCCCGCCUCGACCCGACGUCUUCUUCAUGGCCUACAAUUUUGACAGGGACUCCUCGGAUGAGGAGUAGCCCUCUGGACAGCCCCUCCACCCCCUGCUUACUUCCCCUUUUCUUCCCAUUAUAUGUUUUUCCAUCCCACCCCAGCUUAUUCAUAUACACCACCGUCUGUGUUAAACCCUCGGUGGUAGCUCUCUGUAUGCAACUAUUCAUUUCCCCAUGCUUUUUGUGUUCAAGGGAAUAUGUAAGAUGUGCAUCUCCUGUUUCCACCAUUUAUCUUUGUGUGUUUUGUAUACUGUUUUCAUUGAAGAUUAAUCGGUGUUGUCACCUAAGAAGGAGGGAACCUUUGUGUUUUCGACUUAAAUCAUAUUGCAGUUGUCAUAGCUAUAAGUUAAGUUCUGGUAUAAUUUCCAUUUCUUGUCAAGUCUUUGUUUUUAUUGAUAUUUCCUUUUAUGAUAGAAUAAGGUGGAUGAUUCUUAAUUUCUUGAAUGUACAACAAAAAGGUCAUCAGGUUUACACUCGGGUACUCCAGCUUUCUUUUUAUUGGCUAAAUAAUGACUUUAAAUUUUUCCCAUAUAUUCUUUCUCUCUGAAUUGAAUUACAAAAACAUUUCAGUGGGACCAGUAUAAUUUUGUAGCACUAAUAUCCUCUUAAAAGUAAUACCAUUUUUGAAACGUUACUUUUGAGCGACAGCCCCAAUAAUUGGUACUUCAUAGCUGAAUAGUGAAUCCAUUUAGAUUAGAGGUGGCGUGAAAAGAUAUGAAUGCUGUUGCAUGUGUCUGAUGUCGGCGCUUAAGUUUCAAGUUAAAGAUCUUACAAUGAGUGAAUUGGAACAAAGCGAAAGGAAAGUGAAUAAUCCAAAGUGCUUUUGCUUCUUUCUGCCAUGUAUAUCUGACAAUAUUGUAGUAUUUUGUUUGGGAGGUUGAAAAAAAUGCUGUGACUAUACUGUUAUGAUUGGAUUGUUUUUUUGAUUAGCAUUCCUUUUAACUUUUUUUUUUUUUUCAUGAUAGUAUUGAGUUUGUUGUUCACCUGCAUAGUGGUACCUGUUGUGCUUCUGUGAUAAAACAAACAAAAAACAA